AAACAUUCUCAAUAUUCCACGGCUCAUAAUAACAAAAUCAAUACCAUAAUAUUUGACAUUCUGAAUAAAUGACAUUGCAAAUGAAGGAUUAAAAUACUAGAGUAAUCAAAUUCUGAUACGUGUAUAAUUAGAAUUCUCAAAUUUCCUGCCAAGUUGAAUCAAUCAAAUAAUUUAUAUAUAUCAAUGUAUUGUCAGAUGUAGAGUUCGACUGUUUUUUUAAAAAUCUUUUUCAUGUCGAUUAGUGUUUGAGUUUCUCUUGAAAAAAAAAAGACAAUAUUCAAUUGCAUGUUCUAUUUUGAAUUGAAGAUACACACGAGCCUGAUUAUGGGGAUUGCAUGAUUUUCUCUCAUGUUUUACGAGUUUUGUAUUUUAAAAGAAUUUAUCAAAAAAUUUAAAUUUUUCACUCCUUUGUAUCACAAAUAUAAUCACGUCACGAACUGAUACAUCAUAAGUCAUUUUUUUUUAAAUCUUAUCAUAUGGCAAUUAUCUAAAUAUAACUGCAUACGAUAAAUAUACUUCUAAACAUUAUUGUCUAUGGAAUAUUUUCGUUCUAGUUCAUAAAAUUUUAAACGGAUUGAGACAAAGAAUAAUAUUUGAACUACGUGACACCAAAGUAUACAUUACAUUGAAAAUGAAAAAAAGACCCGAAAACCGCACAGCAUGGAAAGAGAGCGAAGAAAAAUGCGCGCGGCGAAGGAAGCAAACCAUUCUUUAUAUUUAUUACAUUUUCUCUUCUCUUUCAAAUCCCAUUUUCUUCUACAUAACUCGGUGAGAAAAUUGCAGUUUACUCCACAAAAAAUGAAGCAUUAAUCAGUGAAUUUUUGAUAUUUUUUUGAGUAAAAAUGGGUGAUUUAGAGAUUCGCUUGAAGGGUUUGAUUCAAUCGGAGUCAAAAUCAAAUGGGGUUCGGUGUUUGAGUUUGAGAAGUAGUGAUUUGUGUCUGAAUUCGAUUGGUUUUGAUGGAAACAAUGGAGGAUUACUCCUCGAGGAUUCGGCCAGAGAAUCCUUCGUUUCGUUAAUUUCUAUGGAAAAUUGUUUUCCUUCCAAGUGUAUGUUACGUGCACGGAGGAGUAGCCGGAGAGGAAGGGGACGGUUUUUGUCGGUGACACUUUCAGAUUCUAAUGAGAUUUUGGGGCAGAAUGGGGAAGCUGCUGUGGCGGAGAGUGAAGUUAAAGUGUGUAAGGAAGUUGAAAAAGUAAAGAAAGGGAAGCUGCAUGGUGGAGCUGGAGCUGGAGGUGCAUUGAAUACUACUAAGCAUCUUUGGUCUGGAGCUGUUGCUGCCAUGGUGUCAAGAACUUUUGUUGCCCCACUGGAGAGACUAAAGCUGGAAUAUAUAGUUCGUGGUGAACAAAAGAAUCUUUUUGAGCUCAUCAAAACAAUUGCAGUUACUCAAGGGAUCAAGGGAUUUUGGAAGGGGAAUUUUGUGAAUAUUCUACGAACAGCUCCAUUUAAGGCUAUCCACUUCUACUCUUAUGAAAAAUACAGAGAUCAUCUGCUCAAAAUAACUGGUAAUGAGGAGGCAACUAAUAUUGAAAGGUUUGUUGCUGGUGCAGCUGCAGGAAUUACAGCUACUGUGCUCUGCAUACCUAUGGACACUAUUAGGACAGUAAUGGUUGCACCUGGGGGAGAAGCCUUGGGCGGCUUAAUUGGUACAUCCCGGCAUAUGAUUCAGACGGAGGGAUUUUUCUCUCUUUACAAGGGCCUAGUACCCUCGAUCAUGAGCAUGGCACCUUCAGGUGCAGUUUUCUAUGGAGUUUAUGAUAUAUUAAAAUCAGCUUAUUUGCAUUCACCUGAAGGGAGGAAAAGACUAGAAAAUAUGAAACAAGGUGAAGACCUGAAUGCCCUGGAUCAACUGGAGUUGGGCACAGUUAGAACUUUGGUAUAUGGGGCAAUUGCUGGUGCUUGUGCAGAAGCUGCUACAUAUCCUUUUGAAGUUGUGAGGAGACAGCUUCAAUUGCAGGUCCGGGCCACUAAGAUGAGUACAUUGGCAACUACCCUAAAGAUCGUUGAGCAAGGUGGUAUCCCUGCACUCUAUACUGGAUUGACUCCCAGCUUAUUACAGGUUUUACCAUCAGCUGCAAUAAGCUAUUUCAUGUACGAAUUUAUGAAGAUAAUUUUGAAAGUGGAAUAAACAUGAGAUUGGGAUUCCUCAAGGUCAUUCCUGGUGAGACAUCCACGCGGACAGUGGUAUGCAAUUUUACCCAUAAGGAGAAUUUCUGGUCCUGUUUUACGAUUGUCUGAACAAGGGUAGGUAAUAAUACAUGUUAUAUAGGAGAAGUUGUAGAGAAUGUUUCCUAGUUCUGGAGCUCUCCCUUUAGUCCAGAGCUUUUUCACCUUUCUUCAUCAAAAAUUGAUACAAGAUGAAAUGUUUGUUGGCUUCAA